AUGGGCCUGGACGAGCUCAAGCCUGGAAACACCAAGCGUGCUCAAGCUACGGCCAUCAAGGCCUUCAAAGCAUUUGUAAAGGCCGAAAAUGUUGAUUUUCACUGUGUCAAGCGAUGCUAUGAAAAAGAUUAA